ACAGAGGACGGGGCAUGAUUGUUUGGGCUGCAGGGAAUCCACAAUGUGCUGAAUGACCCAACUCUUAAACACAUGUUCCUUUUGUGUUUUGCCUGACCCCGGCCCGCCAUGAUUACUUUGCCGGUAAAUGGGACUAGCAGGAGCGGGUACUUGGGGGUUACGGUGUGCAGUCGACCUCUACUGACUGUUAAUGCAAAGGAGCGCUGAGCUUUCGAGUGGGAGUGGGCGGACAGUUUGACUGAGUGGCAGCGAAGCAGGAAGCGGGCGUCGAUCCGCCGGCAGCGCGCAGCCGCAGGCGGCUCGGGAGGCGAGAUGGACCAGGACCAGGGCGCAAGCCGCAAAAGACGGCGGUCCGGCACCCCUGACGGGGGGGCCGCGGACAGGAGGACCCCAGACAGGGGAGUUUUGCCGUCUGGAAGAUCGAAUUGCCUGGAAUGGGACGUGGAGGAUGUCUGCGGCUUCCUCCGGAUGCAAGGCUGGGAAAAGUUCGAGGAGUUGUUCAGAGAGGAAAAGCUGUCCGGCGCCACUCUGCCCUAUCUGACUAAGGACGAUUUGGAAAAUUUGGGUGUCAGCACACUGGGAGAGCGAAUAAAUCUUAUCAACUGUAUCAGUGCCCUCUGGCAGAGCCCAAUUGACGCAAAGGUGUUCAAUGACCCGAUCCACGGCCACAUUGAGAUGCACCCACUGCUGGUCCGCAUCAUAGACACGCCGCAGUUCCAGCGUCUCCGCUUCAUUAAGCAGCUCGGGGGGACGUACUUUGUGUAUCCCGGAGCCUCCCACAACAGAUUCGAGCACUCCAUCGGUGUGGCACAUCUGGCAGGAGAACUGGUGAAAGCCCUGUCUGGCCGCCAACCGGAACUUCGGAUUAACCAUCGGGACAUCCUGUGUGUUCAGAUUGCUGGACUCUGCCACGAUCUAGGUCAUGGACCAUUUUCGCAUUUGUUUGAUGGAAAAUUUAUCCCCCGGACGCGGAGUGGUUUGCAAUGGAAGCACGAGAAUGCUUCAAUAGAGAUGUUCGAUCACUUGAUCUCCUCCAAUAAGUUGGAUGGGGUGCUACAGAGCUAUGGCCUGGAGCUGUCAGAAGACUUGGUGUUUAUAAAGGAAAUGAUCCAUGGUGUGGGUGCUCAUUGUAAGGGCUCGGUGUGGCCGUACAAGGGUCGUCCUAAGGAGAAAAGCUUUCUGUAUGAAAUCGUUGCCAAUAAGCGAACUGGGAUUGAUGUCGAUAAGUGGGAUUACUUUGCCAGGGACUGUCACCAUCUUGGAAUCAGAAACAACUUUGACUUUCAACGUUUCCUCAAGUUUGCUCGAGUUUACGAAGUCAAAAAAAAGAAGGUCAUUUGCACUCGAGAUAAGGAGGUUGGCGAUCUGUACAACAUGUUUCACACGCGCAAUACCUUGCAUCGCAGGGCCUAUCAGCACAGAGUGGUCAACAUCAUUGAGAGCAUGAUCACAGAAGCAAUGGUGUUGGCAGAUCCACACAUCCUGAUCAGUGGCUCGGGUGGGAAGCAGUAUAGAAUGUCAACAGCCAUUGGUGACAUGGAGGCUUACACCAAACUCACAGACAGUAUCUUUGAACAGAUCCUGAAUUCAGCUGAUGCUGAACUGCAAGAGGCGCGGGAAAUCCUGAGCAAUGUUGUAUGCCGCAAACUGUACAAGUGGAUUGGGCAGACUCAGCCUGCAGCAGAUACAGUAAUUAAACAGGAAGAGUUUGAUAAACUGGCUGAUCAACUGGUUGCAGCUGCCCCAACAACAUCUGUAGAAGUCACACUCCGGGCAGAAGAUCUCAUUGUAAAUGUUGUUCAAAUGGACUAUGGAAUGAAAGGGAAAAACCCUGUUAAUAAGGUCCGAUUCUACUGCAAGAAUAGCCCGAACAAGACAGUUAAAAUCAGCAAAAAGCAGGUAUCUCAGUUGCUGCCAGAGAGGUUUACGGAGCAGCUGAUCCAAGUGUACUGUAAGAGGGCCGACAAGGGGAUUGUGCAGGCUGCACGAAAACACUUUAUCAAAUGGUGUAUGGACAGGAACUUCGCCAAGCCCAGGGAUGGUGAUAUUAUUGCCCCUGAGCUGACACCACUGAAGGCUGAUUGGAACAAGAGUGACAGUGACAGCGAUGACUCUCAAUCAGCAAAUGAUGUCCACUUGCCUCAACAGAUGAAAAUCAAUGAAGUCAAGACGCAGCUCUUUAAGUAGGAAGAAUAGGGGACUUCCGGUGAACCCUGGAAUCAUUUCACCUCCAGUCCUCAUCAUUUCAUUGGUUCUUUACUGAUUGACAAUUUUCGGAGCCCAAGGCUUGAAUGGAAAAAAGAAAUCCAACUCUAAAAGGCUUCAGAGCAAGUCCGUUGAGAAAAAUUGAUCCCUUUUUCAACGUAAUAUAUUAUUGAGUUACUGCUUCCUAACCUCAAACCGUAUAGUUUGUGUGUACGAGAGCUUCGAUGUGAAUGUUGCAGAGUGUGGAAUGUGUUCAUACCAGUGGAUGAAGCUUUUAUCCAUUUUGGAUUGUAAUGCCUUGGGAUAGCUGCAGCUGAACGAACAAGAACAGGACUUACUGUGGCACCGAUGGGGUGUCAGCCAUUGAUUGCUUUUACAAUCAGAAUCAGAUUUAUUAUCACUGACUUAGGUCAUGAAAGUGUUGUUUUGUGGCAGCCGUGUAAUGCCAUACAGAAAAUGCACUAUAUUACACUAAGCAUUACAGUAUAUAUAAAGAUACGUAGUGCAGAAAGGGAGCAGAAAUAGUGAGGUAGUGUUCAUCGUUUCAGAGGGGAAGAAGCUGUUCCUAAAACACUGAACCACAAAGAACCACGUGACACUGAUUCCUGCUUUCAGGGAUAAUGCCUUUUCAAGCUUGGAAGGAAGAAAAGCCACUCUUUCGUUAUUCAAGGCGUUUGCACCUUUUAUUGUAUUGUAUCUCCCACUUUAGCCCACACUAUUUUUAUCUCAAUCAAUGUGAACUUAAAAUACCAGUUGAUUCAAAUGUUGAAGAUCUGAUGUGCAGUGUAGCAGUUAGCAUGACGCUUUGCAGUGCUGACGGCCUGGGUUCAAUUCCUGCUGCUGCCUGUAAGGAGUUUGUGGGUUCUCCCUGUGACUGCGUGAGUUUCCGCUGGGUGCUCCCCUCUCACAGUCCAAAGACGUACCAGUUGGCAGGUUAACUGGUCAUUGUAAAUUGCCACAUGAUUAGGGUAGGAUUAAAUCGGGAUUACUGCGUGGCGUGGCUUGAAGGGCCUAUUGUGCACUUGAUAAAUUAAAAAAAAUUUACACCACUGUAGACACACACAGAGAGGCUGACUGUGACUGGAUUUUCCCUGGUACUACUAUUGACUUGCUGCUGCGUAAUAUUUGAAUGUUGCUGGGGGAAUUCAGUGGUGACAGUGUGGCCUGUAACGUGUGUCUUCACCUUAGCAAUCAAUGCCUCUGCCCUGUGACAGCUCUUGCUUCUAUCCUGUUUUGUGAGCUGUUCACCCUUUUAAAUAUGGCACUACGUCAGGGCCGUUGCAAAUUAAACUUUGUCCAAAUAAUCAUUUUCAGGGAAUUGAGGCAGCAUUUUGCUUUUCCACUUUUUAAUAAUGAUUGGUGGAAUCACCUGCUUUUUUUUUUAACAUACUCAGGGUGUUUUUAAACUUGAGAAAAGGCAGCUAGAUUUGCACUAUAGAAAUCAGAGCACCAAACACAUUUUAUGCAAAUUGCUUGUCCAUAUCUGUGGGGUUAAAAGUUACGAUUUUAAAAUUUUAGCUUUUAUAAACUUUAACCCUGUCAAAAUUCAAGCCAAGCUUAGUUUCUCCUCCCACUUUGUUGGCCACUUACUGUUCAAUCAUUACCAGUGUUUCCAGGUUUCAUUGAAGAACAGUAUGGAUUUCUGACCAAUAAUGGAGAGUUUUUAUGCAAUGGCUUAUUGUUCAAGAAUUCUCAAUUAAUAUGAGGGAUGUAAGCAUCAUGAUGUGAUAUCAUUUGUAAACUCAAAUAGAAACGCUGUAAAUGAGUAUUCAGAUCGUCCCAUGUACUACCCUUCGCUGUCAAACUCCACCCAACCUGCUUCAUUCCCAGCUUUGAAAUAGAAGCUCAGUCUUGCUGAAAUGGAAACUAGUCAACAUUGGAAGCCAUGUUCUCAAAGACUGCACAGUUGUUACUCAAUCUGGGAUGCUUAGUGUCCAAGGGGUUAAGUGUGAAGAUUAUAGGUAAGGUCCAUUCUUUGUACUGAAUCGUGUUUUGCGCAGAGUAAACUGGUGCAUGCAGACACUGCUUAAUUAUUGGAAAUAACUUUGGCCUAUGUCUUCUCACCAGCUUACUUUACUGUAAAUAUAGCAUUGUAUGAAUGUGAUGAUGAGAAAUAUACAAGUAGUACAUUUGACUAAAGGAUUUCAUAAAUCCACAGUUAAGAGAAGAAAGACGUUUUGAGCUUUUGUGAAAUUCAUGGAGUUGGGGAAAUGGAAGGACAGAACUAAUUCUGUGAUGGACUUGCAACUAGAAAGUCUGGUGUCCCCACUGAUAAUUCCUGAUGGGUGUGAACGAUGGACAACUGCUCCCCACUCCAUCCUUUCCCAGAUUAGCAUGGAAGUUCAUUUAGUUGCUUUGGCAAAGCAUGUGGGAGAAAGGAGAAUGUGCUGAUUGGCCAACACAAGAAUGCUGUGGGUGGUCUGAAUGAUAACAGGUCAAGUUUGUAGACAAUGCAAAUACACUGUGUGUACAAUCGAUUACUGAGGAGCUGGUAAUGUCUAUGUUUAUGCUUACCAUGGCCCUGCUGACAUUUAAUGGAGAGCUGAAGUUAUUUUGACUCCCCUUCCCCCACUUCAAAUGGUCUCAGGUGAAUUUAACUCUACUGUAUAAAUGUGAGUUGUUUACUGGAGCUCAGGUGUUCCCCAGGUGAAGCCGGCCCAUGCCCAAGGGGUGGUUGGGGGUGGGGGAGAGAGGAAGUGAAAGAGAGAGAGAAAGAAAUAUUUUUGCAAGAAUGGAUUCUGCCACUCUGCACAAGUUAUUGUGGGAAGUGGGAGAGUAUUAUCUCUGGUGGGGCACAGGCUGCAACACUGUGUAAUAAAUUGCCUAUUUGGGGUAUUUCAGGGUAGUAUGAAUGUACAAGUGUUCUGUGAUUGGACAACUGAAUGUCAUUUCACUCCUUAUAGUUUUUUUCUUCAUUUCAAGAUUCACUUUCUUGCAGGCAUUCACAGUAAAGAUAAAGAAACACAAUAGAUUCAAUGAACACCUGCAGAGAACGAAGCCUGUCAAACAACCGGUGUGAAACAGACAAGUACUGUAACUACAAAAAAAAAUAAAACAGUAAUAGUAAAUAUCGAGAACAUGAGUAACAGUCUUUGAAAAGUGAUAUAUAGGUCUUGGAAUCAGUUCAGUGUUCGGGUGAGGGAAGUUAUCCGACACUGAGCUGAACCCACAACCUGUGGACUCACUUUACGGGGUCUUUGCAUGAUAAUGAAUCUCGUAAGAAUGGCAUAUAGGUACUUCGAAAAUAAAUUCACUUUGAUUUGAAUUUACUCUGGAUAGUAGGAAAUAUUUUUGUGACUUUUGACUUUGGAUCAGUCAGCUCCAUCGGGUUUGUUUGUGAUGUCUCUCCUGAAGUGAGGUGAGGUUAUAUAAUUAUUUGCCAUUUAUUUGCAUGUUCUUUGUCAACAGUGCAAUAUUUAAUGUUUUGCCUAUUUCUUGAAUUUUAUGGAAUAUCGUUAUUGAUUAUCAAUAAAGUUGGGUUUAAUCUGA